AUGGACUAUAGAAAUGUAUCCGAGAACUGCAAGGAGCUCUCUGUGUCAUGCUCUGACUCCAACUCUAUGCCAUCCUCCAUCUCUGGUGCGGACCCCUUGGCUGGACAACAGGCUGGGGCAACCCUAGGGAGACCAGCAGCCGCAAAUGCAGCCCGAGAGCGCAGCAGAGUACAGACUCUACGCCAUGCCUUCCUGGAGCUGCAGCGGACCCUCCCCUCUGUGCCGCCUGACACCAAGCUCUCCAAGCUGGAUGUGCUGCUCCUGGCCACCACUUACAUUGCUCACCUCACCCGCAGUCUGCAGGACGAAGAGGAAUUGCCUGGAGAGGGCCUGGGCACGCUGAGAGGGGAGGGCUACCUGCACCCUGUUAAGAAAUGGCCAAUGCGAUCAAGGCUUUAUAUUGGAGCUACAGGGCAGUUUCUGAGUCACACAGUGCAAACAGAAAAUGCAAAUCAAGGAGAAAUCUCAACGAACUUGCAAAUGUAA